UGCGAAGGACGGUACCAGAAACAGUUUGAGUUGAUAACCGCUGAGGUCCAGCUGCUGCCAGACGUGAUAUGGGAGCUGUCCUACUUCGAGUCGCUUUACGAAUCCUGUCUUUAUGGUGGAGAUAUGGUGCAACGAGUGAUAUCUUCACCAUACCAGACCUUGUUCAAGUUCUGGUACCGGUGUACCAAGAUCCUCGAAAGUCCAGUCAGCCAUGUCUUCACCACCAACAGAAAACUUCAGCUUCUGGUGGACGAUCUGAAAAGCAACUCCGCUUCUCUCUCCAGAAUUCGUGACGGUCUUGAGGCGUACCUUGGUAAGGGUCUCUGGGAAGCCAUAUCUGCGGAGCACGUCCAAACAGCAGCGGCAAGACAUCUAACCAAAGAAGCAUUCCGGAAGAUCGAUGAAAAGAUAGAGGAGGAAAGACAAAAGGCUGAGAUUCGUCGGUCUGCCGAGGCUGAGCAACAGAAUGAACGGACAUGGGACUCGAUGAGAAGACAAGUACAGUUCAUGGAAGACAACGAACUGAACUACGACGUAUAUCAACAGGGGAUUGACAAUCGACAUGCUGGGACAUGCAAGUGGCUUUUCGACACAAUUGAGUUCCAAAGGUGGAUUACUGAGAACGCGGACAAGUCCGUCUUCUGGCUAUCGGGGAAGCACGGCGCUGGAAAGUCCUUCCUCUGUUCCUCCGCCAUCCAGCACAUCAAUGACAUGAACAAGGGCAAAUCCUAUGGGCAAGUGUUUCGGUUUCUGACGAAGGACUUUUACAUCACGAGGAACCAGAUUCUCCGACAUCUCGCGAGCCAGCUCCUUUUGGCUCUCUCCGACGUGACGCCUGCUCCAAAGAAGGUACCGGAUUCCAUCGCUGGCUUCCGCCAAAUAGAUGUGAACAAUUCCUACGCGGUUGAAAAUUUAAUUCGCGCCAUCAUAUCUGAGCUUCCCAUGACCUUCAUCUUCAUCGACGGGCUGGACGAGGCGGAAUAUGUGGAUGACGACCGUCUGCCGGCUCCAGCUCAGGUAGACGAUGUUCAGGCGGUUGUUCAAUUCCUGAUCCGAGUCACCACGGGUUCACCAGGAAACAAAGUCAAACUCUGGCUGAGCAGCCAACCGCUCCCGCAAAUUCGGGAAUAUAUCUGCCAGCCGCGGUGGGCCUCACAAGUGGAGGAGCUCAGUCUGCAAACCCGGCAUACAGAGAAGGAUAUCCUGAGCUAUCUUGCGUCCGCGAUAGGAACACCCAAUGCCAACGACAGCUUUGGCCGCAUCUUUGUUACUGCGUCCUUGGCGUCUGAGGCCGAGGGGAGCUUUUUGUGGGUCAAUACCAUGCUCCAAGACCUGAAGUAUGAAGCAGACGACGACUCUGAGCUCUUCAAACUCGCUCAGGAGGGCUUGCCUACCAAGAUGAGCGAGGUCUACAUGAAAGUCAUCAAUCGACUACGAAAAAGGCGGAAAAGAGCAUCUGAUGGGCCCCCACUUUGGAGCAUUAUCCUAUCCCUUGUCACCUUUGCCAAGCGCCCGCUCAAAAUGGGUGAGGUGAUUGAAGCCAUCGCUAUGACAAAGACGGACGACGGGCACAAUUUGAGAACGAAUAGAAUCACCACUCCUGACAAGAUUCUCUCCAGCUGCAUGUCUCUCGUCAGGCAGCAGGCAAAUCCUGGAUACGGACAAGAUUCUCCCCAAAACUCAGUUCUGAGGCUCUCACACUCGGCGGUCCGCGCGUUUCUGAUCAAGAACUCGGACGUGGAAAAAUCAAACUCAAAGGAUGCGGAACAAUUCGUGACGAGCCAGAUUAUCAAAAACUGCUGUUUACGUUACCCGAGGCAACCACGUUACCGGCACCCUCUAGAGUACGCAAACGGCACUUUCCGGACCCAUCGUGGGGAGAGCCUCGAGGACCACCAGCUUCUUACGUACGCGGCAAAAUACUGGUACCAGCACUUUCACUCGCACUCAUUCUCUGGCCCAUUCGCCCUCCAUCGCAGCUCUUCUGAGCUCAGGGGUUCACAGGAUGAUGACAUGGCUUGCGUCAAGGCAUUCCUGUGCUCUUCCAACUUCCGGACAUGCCUACAAAUCCAGUGCCUAUUUGUCGUUCGACAUUUCAUGCAAAAGUUUGAUAGAAUCACGGACGAAGCCACGGCCAUAGGAAGGGCGCUGCCCAACUGGAUCCCGAAGCUCGACCCACAAAUCCACCCACAAGAGUCCGACGGUGUCCUAAAACUCGAGAAGUGGACGCUAGACGGCGCUGAGCCUGUCUCCUUGAUGGAGAAUUUCACUCCAGUUCCCUUCACAUUUGGCGACACCAACCUCAAGCGAUACUGGGUACCAAGCACGGAAUCAUUUCGCUCAGUGCCUUUGGUGCCAAAUGUCAAAUGCGUGAUACCACCAAAUGCUCUCGCACUCAGUCUGGAUUCGAAUCACCACUGGUCUGCCUUGAGAAUUGGCUCACAGCUGUUGCAUCUCAAACCCUCGGAGAGCGUGACCCCCAGCUUCGUCCACAUCGAGGACACCUCUUUAGGUGGGCCGUGGGAGGAUGUUAUUACCCGCGGGCCGUAUCUCGUGCUCUGUCGUCGUCGAGUACCACGACCACAGCCUCCAGCAGCCGAGAUGCUUAGAAGCUUGCGUUUAGAUGGUCCUCUCAGGAGAUUCCUGGAGAAAUCCGACCCUGAGGAUUCGAGUUCUCCGAACCCGUCCUCUUCGGCAUCCUCAGAUUCGCUUGCAGGCACAUCAUCAUCCGAUUCCAGCGACUCCGAUUCGGACAACGGUCUGCUCGACAUACCGUCUGCUGAGGAAUCUUGGGAUGAAGGGUCAACAUCCUCGGAACACGGCGACUCCUCUGGCGAUAGCAUACCCAGCCAUUUACCCAGCGAUUAUGAGCGGGGUGACCAGGAUGACGAACUGGACCUCCAAUCAUUGCAAUCUGACAGUGAAGGGUCUGAUACCAAGUCUUUCCCGGAUGAGGAAUCUGGCAGCGAUGUGGAGAGCCACUCGGGCACAGAUAGUGAUCAAUCUUUCACAUCCCUUGUCAGUCUCACUCAUGUCACCGGUGCCUUGCUAGAGUCGGGGUCGGAAAGCGGGUACGACGAGUCUGAUGUCGAAGAUGACGAGAUGUUCAACCAAGUCACAAUGCUGCCUGAUGAGCUCAAGCAUGAGUUGGGGAUCUACUAUGGCCGAAGGAGAGUCGACUGCGCUGGUUGUGGAGCUAAUUCACUUCGGAAAUGGUACCACUGCAUCAGGUGCAAGAUCGAGGACGGCUUUAAUAUCUGUCACCGAUGUGAGCGUCGAAAGAGGUGGUGUUUGGAUCAGAGCCACCAGCUUUUCCGAAUGGUCAAAGGGAAGGCUGUUGGCGUCAUAACUCGAGGGGAUCAUCGUAUUAGGCAGGAGAUCAAGAUCUACGAAAAUGGUGACAGUGGAGGAAAGGUGCUGUUCCACCUGAGGAAGCAGUAUACCUCGCUCCUCUACCAAUCCCCUCCCGUCAUCCACCCUCAGCACCCAUUGGCAGUUUGGCCUCUGGCGGGCAGGGUCCUUCUUUUUGCGGACUUUAAAGCAAACAACUUCUUUGAACAGAGAGUCAAAAGCAGUGGGAGAAGAGCACGAAAGAUCUGCGUCAACCUCUCCUUCUCUCCCUGCGGACAGCAUCUCCGCGUGGCCAGCAUGGAAGCCGAGGUCCGGAGACCAGUCAAGCCCAAAGGCACCCAAUUCACAAGAGGGCAAACCCGCAGCGGAUUCCGCAUAUGUUUGAACCUCCACGUCAUGGUGUUGCGCCUAUCGUCGAGCAAUCCGACAAAAAGCCCACCCAAGCUGCUCUACAGUACCAGCUUCCGCAUCGGCCCCUGCUCGAAACCCAUCGUCCAGCAAUUCCCUUUCACCUUCACUUGGUGCCCCACUGAGCUCUUCGUAACGCUAAGCGAUCUUCACCUCCGGGUCUACCGCGUGACACUUCCAACCGGGGAGAAUCCACAGGGCAGCGACCUUCCAUCGCUCUCGAAAAAGGAAACAACUGGCAAUCCAGUCUCAAGUACGCCUUCGAAGAGGAUCUACCUGCCCCGGUCGUCCAAAAACAGAUCUGUCAACUACUUCCCUCCGCGCACGCCAGGGGGGGAUUCCACCGUCGUGAUUGGGCCCAGAUAUGGCCGAUUCCUGGCACCUCCUAUUGUUGUGUACUUGAGCGACGACGAUAUUGGAGGGUGGGUCCCUGUUUCGAAUGGGGAGGGAGAAGUAGGGGCGUCAAUGUGUGCUCCGCGGCAAACACUGGAAGGGCAGCUGGAGCAUUUCGUUGCGGAGCAGGAUUGUGACAUUAUUCCUUUUGAUUGUUGA